GAGACCCUCAAAGCUAUGGAAACCGAACCCUGCGCAGUUCAGCCGGCCUGCUGCCAGGAGGUGCCGGACACCACUCCUUCAGAGGCCUUUGCUCCGCAGGCGAGGAUCUCCGGAAAGAUCUCGCCGGUCAGGCCUUGCUUCAAGAAGAAGCAAGUGCAGAAGCUGCUGGACCCAGGGACGCUGAGGGCUCUGCGGCCCAUCAUCACCACCUUGCUGGGGUCUGGUGCCCUGGAUGCGAUCCUCCUGCGCAGAGGACAGAACGGCAACCGUAGCAAUUUGUGCGAACCUGUCGCGAAGAAGGUGUUGGGGAUCGCGGCUCCCUGUGCUCAGCCGGACAGCAGCAUGGCUGUGCUGGUGGCAGGGACUUCGGACGUUCAAGGACAAAUAUCAGACGGGUCUCCUGACCAGGAGGCCCAGCCUGGGGAGCAGGGUUUCCCCUCCGUUACCUCUCCUGCAAGUGAGCCAUUCCAGGACCACUCCUUGCAUGCUGCCUCCAGCGAUGCUGCUGCCUUUCUUUCCUGCCCUGACAAGAUACUUGAAGGUUAUCCUGGGGUGCUCCAGGACAACAACAACAACAGCAACAGCUUCAUGGUCCAGUGCCGCUUGAACCCGGCGGAGAAGUUUGGAGCUGGGCUUUUCCAGGACAAAAGCGAGGAGGCAUCCCUCGACCUUGUGUUUGAACUCUUGAACCAGCUGCAAUAUCACACUCACCAGAAGGACGGGGUGGACAUCUGCGUGGAUUUUCUACAGGGGGUCUGCCUCCUCGGCAGCGAUUGCCCCAGGCACCACACGGUCUUGCCCUACCACUGGCAGGUCAGGAGGACAGCCACACAGGUGUGGCAGAGUGUGACCACUGACUCUCAGGAGCAAAUGGAAAGGCUCUACUGCAACCCGGACAACGACAAAGUCAAAAUGAGAUACCGGGGCCAUGAGUUUUUAGUCGACUUGAAUGGUUUGGCGCUCUAUGACACGACCGAAUUUGACCAGCUGAGGAGGCUGUCUACGCCUGCAUGUGCAAGUUCCAACUCCAACUACUACACCAUCUGGAAGUAUUUCUGCAGGGAUCAUUUUGGCUGGAGAGAAUAUUCUGAGCCUGUCGUGCGAUUGAUAGAAGAAGCCAACUACCGAGGGCUGGCAGAGGUCCGGUUUGUUACGUGGCACAACCGUUACGUCCUGAACAUUAAAGAUGGCUUCCAGCAGAAUUCAUGCAUUCGAAGAGAAAUCAAGAAGAGACCUUUCUUCCGCUCCUGUGUGAUCCUCAUGCCAUACUUGCAGACUCUCGGUGGCAGCCCCACAGUACCCGUGGCACCGACAGCCGACUCACAAGUCUUAUCCCCGACUGCCGUUACCUCUCCAAACUUCUACCCUGAAACGUGGGUCAGCAUGGAUCCAGCUCAGGACUUCGUCCAAGUGCCUGUGUCAAAGGAAGACAAAAGCUACAGAACCAUUUACAACCUCUUUCAUAAGACUGUGCCAGAGACCAAAUACAAAAUUUUGAAAAUACUGCGAGUUCAGAACCAGUUUUUGUGGGAGAAGUAUAAGAGGAAAAAGGAGUACAUGUCUAAAAAGAUGACAGGACUGGACAGGAUUAUGAACGAAAGACAUUUGUUCCACGGCACCUCUCAGGAUGUGGUUGACGGAAUCUGCAAGCAUAAUUUUGACCCCCGGGUCUGUGGGAAGCAUGCCACCAUGUUUGGGCAAGGCAGCUACUUCGCCCGGAAGGCGAGCUACUCCCACAACUUCUCCAAGCGCUCUCCCAAAGGGAUCCACUAUAUGUUCCUGGCUAAAGUACUGACAGGGAGGUACACGGUGGGCAACCACACCAUGCGGAGACCUCCACCCGUGAACCCCAGCAGCAUCACCAGCGACCUGUACGACUCCUGCGUGGACAACUACUUCGAGCCUCAGAUCUUUGUCAUUUUCAACGACGACCAGAGCUAUCCCUAUUUCGUAAUCCAGUAUGAAGAAGUUAGUAACGUCGUCGUGAUCUGAGAACAAAAUGGGGGGGGGGGGUUGGAAAAAAAGAGAGAAUUGCUUCAUGUUGAUUUGUUGUUGUUGUAACAACCUUUUUUUAACCUGAUAUUUGUAGAAUUGGAUCCCUUUUGCUGCGGGGGGGG